UAGCCGGGGGGUGGGUGUAGAGUGAGUGAGGACGGCGGUGCGGAGUGAGGGAGGGGGCAGUAGUUGUUGUAGGUAGACAACGGAUGCUGCCUCGGCCGCUGAGUUUCUACAGUAUUAUUGUCUACCUUCGAUUUUCCAGCAUCUGCAGAUCCUUCUUAAACAAGUAGUUGUAGAGUGAUUUGGGAGCGGUGGUCGGUGUAGAGUGAACCCGUCAGAGCGACGCAUUGCUGGGGUCAGUUUGUUCACCACCAUCCCACAGGUAGUACUUCACUAAAAUGGCUUCAAAACAAUGUGACUCAGCUGCACAGCUGGAGGAUCAAGUGCGGAAACUGUCAGAAGAACUUGCUCAGUGUCAGGCUGACAAAGAAUUUGUGUGGUCUUUAUGGAAACGUUUGCAGGUAGCAAACCCUGAUCUUUCACAGGCCAUCACCUUGGUUCUUGAAAGGGAAAAGCAGAAAACUGAAGCCAAGGACAGAAAGGUUUUAGACAUUCUCCAAGUUAAGGACGACAAGAUUUUGGAACUUGAGCAGCAGGUUAAAUGCCAACAGAAGGAAAUAAACAACUUAAUCCAACGGAAAAUUGCUGUAGAUGACGAGAUCGCAGCAAUGCAGAAGGAAAUGACUGAUUUAAAAGAAAAAAGUAAAAGUAAAAAGCAGGAUUACAAGGACACUAAGGAACGUGCUUGGAAGAGCGAGGAGAAAAAUAGCCUGCUUCAAAAAAAUCUAGAGGAGGAAAAGCAGGGAUUAAGCACACGCUGCACUGACCUGUUAAAUGACCUGCAGAAGCAAGCAGCCCAGUGGAAGGAAGAGAAGUCUGACAUUGACUCCAAAGUAAAGAUUCUGGAGGAUGACUUGAAAGAAGCCAGGAAUCAAGUGGAAAAGAUGCACAACAAAUGUAAUGACCUGUCAUCUCGCCUUGGGAAUCAACAGACCGAACUAGCACAAAAGGACUCUGAAGUCACUAAAUUUAGGAAGGAGUUACUGGACUUGCAGGGUUUGUACAAAGAAAGCAUUGAUCAUGCAGCCCAACAAGCUGAACUCAUCCAACAACUACAGGCACUGAGCCUAGAAACCCAGAAAGUGAUGAGGAAUCAGGAGGAUGCUUAUGCUUCAGAGACUAAGACUUACCAAAAGAACUACAGUGAGUUAAACAUGCAUUACGAUGCAUUGAAAACCAGUGAGGCACAACAGCAACAAGAACACUUUACUCUGAGAGCUCAACUAUAUCAAAAGGAGCAACAAAUAAGCCAACUUUUGCAAAAGCUCCAAGAGGCUUUAGAUUCUAAACAAACUGCACUGCGUCUGACAACUGGUGUAGAGCAGCAAACACACCAUAAUUCCACCGGUGAUUUACAUCAUCAAGUUACCACACAGAGGGCAGAGAUUAAGUCAUUGAAGGAUAAACUUAAAGUAGCAAGUGGAAAAUUACUGGACCAUUUUGAUAAUGGACUGCUGGAACUAAACUUUGCUCCAAGAAAACAAGGAAGACAUUGGGAUCUGUGUGUGAAGCGUUCCAGGUCACUUUCUCCAAAGAAUUCUACUCGAGAACCAGAUAAAAUGACGAAAACAGAUAAAAUACAGCAGAAGAAUCAAAACUUCGAGGAACUAUUGAAACUUAAGGACCAAGAGAAUGAAGAAUUGAAAAAGGCUCAUGACAACCGUCUGGAGCGCCUGCGAACAUUGCAGAACAACUACAGGUUACUUAAAGGGCAAGUAAAAGAAUUGGAAGGGGAACAAAUCAAAAAUAACAACAGCACAGGCAAACUGCAGCGAGCAGAGCCAUGGCAGCUGCGGCAGGAAGACAGUGAUGGUGUAUGGAAUGAACUAGCAUACUUCAAACGGGAACACAAAAAGUUAUUGACUGAAAAUAUGAACCUGAGAGAGGAGCUGGACCAGCUGAGAGUGCAGUCUGCUGUGGACAAAGCCACUAUUCAGGAACUGACCAUGUGCCUACAGCAGGAACGAGAAGAGCUUCUCUUCAGACUUGAAGAAGCUGGAAUGAAAUGUAGCACGCCCAAAACUACAACACAAGAAAAGCUGGAACAUUCAUUAAAGAAGAUUAGCCAUUUGGAAAGAAAGCUCAAAACUAUUCAGAGAGAAGUCAAAGAUUUAAGAGAAACAAACGAGGAAUUGAUACAGGCCAAUGCUUCAUUGAAAUCUGCCUCCAAAAAAAUUCAUAGUGAAUCAAAAAACCAAGCUAUUGAAAUAGAAGAACUGAUGAAGGCAAAUCAACAAAUUAAGGCAGAAAGAAAUGAGCUGGCUGCGAUGACAGAUGAAUUAAACACGGAAUCUUCCUGCCUCAAAAGGGAAAUAGCAGACAUGGUACUUUUGAGGAAAGAGAAUGAGAUGUUGCUGCAGAAAAUACAAAGGCUGCAAGAAACUCUUGAAUCUGAGACUGACAUCAUCAGCACUGGAUCAAUAGAGGGAAACAGCACUGGAAGUUGUGUAUGUAAAACUGCAGCCUAUAAUCUGAGAAAAAAAAGAAGAAAAAACAAUUCCAUGAAACGGUACCAGAGACUUCUCAACCGAUCCAUCAAGAAGAUGAGCAAUGUCUUUGAGCACUUCAGUAAAGAUGGGUGGGAAGAUAUAACUGAAUCCAGUGACUCUGAAGAGACUGCUGCUGAGAGUUUGGGAGAAUUGAUAGUGAAGACUGCUCGGCAAAUUACUCCAACAACAGCACGAAAUACAGCAGUGUCACAAAAGAAGAAAAAUGAAAGAAAUCAAUUGUUUGGAACAAAGAAGGCAGAAGCAAAAGUUGAGCCACAGUUUCAUUGUAAAGAAGUAAGGAAACAGAAAACCAGUCAAACCAGACAAAGUAUUUCCAUCCUUGCCUUACAGCAACGUUUAAUAUCAUUGCAGCAACAGAUUGUUGUUAUGAAGAAUGGGAAAAAGGUAGCCUUAAAUACUGUCAACGAACUGAAACAGAACAAUCAAAAAUUAACAUCCCAAUUGACUUCGAUGAAUCAGAAGCUACAAAUACACAAACAGACAAUUCAGAAGCUGACAUUGGACCUUGCGGAGUUGCAACAACAGAAAGAUGCACUGGACAAGAGAUUGGCAGAGCUGCAAGCCCUUGGUUCGAGGUCAGCUGAUGAGUGGUCAUCCUUGGCAUCCAGCCAAACACUCCACACUCCAACAACAUUGCAGAAGCCUAUGGAAGCUGAACUGAAACAGCUGCAGAGUAAAUUGAAGAAUUCAACAAAUGAGAUAUUGAAGCAUUUAACGACCAUCAAAACUAUCAAAGCUGACCGACAGGAAAAGGAAGAUCAGAUUCGACAAUUGCAGGAAAGGGUUAUUCAUUUGGAACGAGACAUCAACAUGAAGCGACAAUUUUUGGAAGAUCUAAAAUCAAAAGUGAAAGCAAACCAAGAAAGUGCUAACAUAUAUAAAGGAUUAUUAGAGGAAAUGGAAAAAAAGGUGACCAAACUGACUGAAGAAAGUUCCACCAGGAAAGCAUUUGCAGAGUCACUGAAGCAAAGACUUAAUGUUGUAACAAAAGAGAGGUUAGCUUAUCAGGAGAUGCACCGUAAAACCACCGGAGAAUUGGAUAGAAAGAAUCAUAAACUGCAUGACCUCAAAACGAAAGUGGUUGAGGCAGAAUCUGCAAUGGCAGAACUGGAGACAACAGCUUCACAACAGAUGCACGGGCUGGCAAUGCAAAGUGAACAGGCUCUGGAAACCGUUCAAAAGAAAUUGACUCUUGCUAAUGGAAGAGUGGAAGAAUUUGUAUCAUUUGUUAAGGCCCUAGCCAGUGAGCUAUGCAGAGAAGUUCAAAGCAGGAGAACCUACUUGAAGCGAGCAAAGAUGAAACGAUUAUGCCAUGAAGGUCUUUCAAAGGAGUCCUUCAGCAAAGCCCAGUCCGUUGCAGCAUCCAUCCUUAAUAUUUCACAAAGUGAUCUGGAAGACCUAUUGGAUCUUGAGGAUGAAGAGGAAUCAGGAGAAACUAAAAAAGCCUUACAGAAAGAUCAAAAUUGGCUGGCUCAAAUACAGAAGAUACUUGGAGGCCAGUUUCCCUGUGCCCCAGGUUUAAUGGAAGCUCUCCUGGAAAAGAUGGCAGAGAAAGAGAAACUUGAUAAAGAAUAUGCAUUGCUCCCAAAAGAAGACGUCUGACAGUUUUUUUGCCUUAUCGUAGACACACAGCAAUGUUCUUUGGCUGCUGGGUUACAACAGAAUAAAAAAAUAGUGUGAUGCUAAAAUCAGAACAGGCUUUGUUGUUUUCUGCAAUGUCUGAUCCUGUGAUAAUACAAAAUACAUCGAAAAGAAUGGAAACAUUUUUCAUUGGAAUAUCUAUUUUAUUCCCCUAAAGUAUAGAGAUAUUAAUUUAAUAAAUCGCUUACUUCCUCAUCUCUUGCUAAAAACAUUUAUUACAUUCGAUAUUAAUAUUAAAUAAUUUAUAUUCAGAGUAUUUUUUGAUGAACCUUAAACAUUAAUUGUCUCAUAUAUUUAUGCUUUGAAUGUGGGGAGAAUUCAUUUUUUGAACCUCAUUAAAUGUAUUAUUUUUUAAUUCAUAAUUUAUAGUACUGUUUAUUUUGAAAUGUAACUAAUUUAAGCGUGUGGUUGUCAAUAUCCUAUCAUAGAUUUCACUACAAAUUAAUUUGGUAUCUUUCUGCCCAUUUUACAAGAAAUUACUUUAUUGCUUGUAAGAAAACAUAGCUCAAUAUGCAGUUGUAUUUAAUAAAUGUUUUAAUUAGUUUCUUGCCUCAUCCUUUUCACGUUUUAAUUUUUUUCAACUUAAAAAAAAAAAAUCUUAAUCUAUUAUGUGAAAGUAUAAAACUUGUUAAUAUCUUAUUACUGAUUUGAACAGUUGUGAAAUUGGUGUCUAUGUUCCGUCCUUCCGUUGGAGAAUGACCAGAAAGAGAAAUUCCAAGCUACGAGCAGUUUCAUGUUUACAUAUUUCCCUAUUAUGGGACAGUGUCAACAUGAAACGUGUGGCUCAUUAUUACCUUAAAAAUAUUGUAACCUGUUUUCUCCUCCGAAAUAUGACCAUUUGAUGAAUGAUCACCAGAGAAUGAUCAUAGUUAAGGUUCCAUUUUUUGGAGAGAGCCUAAGCAAAUCAACUCUGGAAUUUUCAUUCAGGUACAGAGUUUAUGGUUUCAGGUCCCACUGCAUAGGCAUGAGCAUAAAAUCUAGACUGAUGCUCCCAGUACCCCACUUUCAAAUGGAUAGUGUUGAGGGAGAUUUGCGCUACCUGACAGGAAGUACUGAGACCAUCCCAAACCGUCAGAGGAGCAGUGCUCGGAGAAUACCACAAUGUCAGUGAGGCUAAACUCAGGAAACACCACAUUGUUGCAAGAGCAGAAUAGGGGGAUUCCCUAUGUCUGAAGAUUUGGAGCAAAUUUAAAGCACAUAUAGUUUUCCUUCUUCCGUCGACAGUCAGUAAGUGUUACAUGUCAAGAUUAAGUUUCUGUGCUUGUUUCCAAUUUGUUAGGAAUUUUCAAUGGAAGUAAAACAGGUUUGUUUUUACUCUAUGGUGGGGUUUUUUCCAGAAUUGAAUUUUAUCGCUUGUAAAAGAGACUGUGUUUCAGUAGUUAUUUUCUUUACAAUCAGUGCAAGUAUUUAGACUGUUGAGACCUUAGUUAGUUUUGCGAUCUAGAAAAAUCUAGGUUCAGGUAGCAAAAUUCAAAACUAAAAUGUUAAUGUGUGUGUUCUAUGUCGGUAAAUUUGCGUUUCCUUUGAAGCUGAGUUCCAUUACCAUUUUUAGAAAACCAUAUGUAAAGGAUUUACUUUAAAGGAAUAAGAUAAUUUACAAAACCUACACAUUUGUUAAGAAUACUAUCAUCUCCACGAUAUUAGGCUGCCCUGCAGCAAAAAGAAAAUGACACAAACUUUCCCUUAAGCAUUUUUAUAAAAA